AUGACGCUUAAGCGGAAGGCUUCCGAGGCAGCACAUCACCUGAAUACUGCAGAACAGCCUCCCCAGAAGAAGCAUCUCUCAAAGACGGCGACCAUCGACCUGCCCGCAACCCCAGACACAGACGCGGGCAAGAUGGAUUCGGACGAUGACUUCAACAGCUCCAUGAGCGGCAACGAGUUCGAUGACCAAGACAGCGAUUUGGGCCUUGAAGAAGGCAAGUCAGCUCUUUCUGCUUGUUGUCCUUACGACGUUGGCUUCGAAUCACAGGACAAGGACAUCAAGACUACACGACAAGCUUACGAGGUGGAAUUCAAGGUCUACGAUCCGAUCCAAAUACAAGCACAACAAGACAGGCAGAUUGAAGAAGUGUCGAGCAUACUCGGUCAGCCACCGGAGGCCGCCGCUAUUCUCCUUCGACAUCUACGAUGGAAUAAGGAGCGGCUGAUCGACCAAUAUAUGGAGAAGACGGAGGAGGUUCUGGAGCUCGCUGGGCUGGGUCAGGACUCGGCAACGAAUCCUCCAAGGCUCCAGAAGAUGCCCGGCUUUGUAUGUGACAUCUGUUGCGACGAUACACCCAACAUGGAUACGUUUGCGAUGAAGUGUGGGCAUCGCUUCUGUGUCGACUGCUACAGGCAAUAUCUCGGAACAAAGAUUCAAGACGAAGGAGAGGCAGCCAGGAUACGAUGUCCUGGUGAAGGCUGCACACGCAUUGUCGACUCCAAGUCGCUGGAUCUGCUAGUCACAGCCGACCUUCAGGACAGAUACCACGUCCUACUUACACGAACAUACGUUGACGACAAAGAGAAUCUCAAAUGGUGCCCGGCGCCCGACUGUAAAUACGCUGUAGAAUGUCCAAUAAAGACCAAGGAUCUCACCAAGGUCGUGCCCACGGUGCAUUGCGAGUGCGGACACGACUUCUGUUUUGGGUGUACACUGAACAACCACCAGCCCGCGCCGUGCUCGCUCGUAAAACGGUGGCUGAAGAAAUGCGAGGACGACUCGGAGACAGCGAAUUGGAUAUCUGCUAAUACGAAAGAAUGCCCCAAAUGUAAUUCGACAAUCGAGAAGAACGGAGGCUGUAACCACAUGACAUGCCGGAAGUGUCGUAAUGAGUUUUGUUGGAUGUGUAUGGGCGUAUGGUCCGAACAUGGCACCAGCUGGUACAACUGUAAUCGGUUCGAAGAGAAGAGUGGCUCGGACGCCAGGGAUGCCCAGGCAAAGUCGCGACAGUCGCUCGAACGCUAUCUACAUUAUUACAAUCGAUAUGCAAACCACGAGCAGUCCGCCAAGUUGGACAAGGAUAUUUACCUCAAGACGGAGAAGAAAAUGCAGCAGCUGCAAAACUCAAGUGGCAUGUCUUGGAUCGAAGUGCAGUUCCUAGACCAGGCAUCCCAAGCACUACAACAAUGUCGGCAGGUCCUCAAAUGGACAUACGCCUUUGCCUAUUACCUCGCACGCAACAAUCUGACCGAAAUCUUCGAGGACAAUCAGAAGGAUCUGGAAAUGGCUGUCGAGAACCUUAGCGAAAUGUUUGAGAAGCCGAUUGACCAGCUGAAAGACCUCAAGGUCGAUAUGCUGGACAGGACGUCAUAUUGCACAAAACGGCGCAUCAUCCUACUGAAUGAUACGGCGGAGAAUUUGAAAUCAGAGAAUUGGGAAUUCAAUGUUUCCCUUACCUAG